UGUUGUCCUGAUGCCAUGUCUCCGCGCUACGCUGUGACAUGUGAUCAAGUACAUAAGGAGUUAUAUACCUUCGUGAGUACAUAAGCAAGGAAACAGUAGCAGCAGCAGCAGCAGCAGCUAAGAAAAUUGCAGGAAGAAACGAUGUUCUAAAUAUGUGGAAACAACCUAGGCUAAUACCGGACGGUCUGGGAAAAGUGCAUAGUAAUAGUUCAUAUAUGUGUAUCUAUGUGUGUGUAUGUGUGUCAAUGUCUCCGUCUUUUUGGCUUUGGGGUGGCGGCGACCCGUGUGUAAGUUUGUGAUUUAGUAGUUUCGUCGUUGUGCUGUAGAACCGUGAAUUGUUUUCCAGUGCUUUUUUCAUCCUGGUGGAAAUCGUUAUAUUGAAGCCAGCGGAAAAGGAGAGUUGAGAAAUAUGGAUGACAAGGCUGUCUUAUAACCUCACUGGGCGGUGAGAGAUAAAGAGCGAGAGUGUUGUGUGCGUGGGAAAGCGCGGACGGAUGUGUGGCGCGGAGGAAUCCUUGUGCCGGAGUAAAUAGUGCAGGAGCGGAAAAUGUGGGGCAUGGGACCGAGCGAAUGGGAUGAUGAUGUUAGAACAAUGUUUCCCGCUCGACGGUGGUAAUUGGAAAUUUCGUCAGUGGGUGAGCGUGUUGAGCGGAGAAAUGAGUUGUAAUUACGAUAAUAGUCUGCCCGAUCAGUGGAAAUCGAUUAUCGGUUUGGAGGAUUUUCGCUGUUAACUUAAAGAGUGAUGAGCACUUCAGUUGAUGAUAGUUGUGGAAGUUAUAACCUUCAUAUAGUCAGAAUAGUUCUAGGAUAAUUGCAUAGAAGUCGUUACCAAUCUAUUCGAUAAGAGCAAUGCAAAAUAAGUGUUAAAACAGAGCGCAAUAUUAUCCAAAUCGCACGUAGUGAAUAUUAGUAAUAACAACAACAGUCAAUGAUGGUGUCUUGGGGAAAACGUGACGUGUUGUGUUUUCCUGCAAACUCAUUGAUUUUGGAUUAGCCACAGAGCAACAAACAACGCAGAAAACCAGCGAAGACCGUAAAGAAUAGCACCUUGUGUGUAUCAGCUGCAGACGGCGGCUAAGGUCCGCAUCGAUGAAUCGAAGGAAUUAAGACCUGCAGCAUUGCAAACCAAACCGAUUGUCACCGAACCAAACGUGCAACUCAAAGCAAGCAAUGUGAUGGCGAUAGGUAUCGCACCGUAAUCCAAUUUGGACAAGCUAUCGCCCGUCGUCCGGAGGAAGAGCAGGCGGCUAAGGUGCCCCGUUGUGUGGUUCUGUGUAGCGGUGAAAAUAUAAUCCCAUUCCGGGGAAGUUCCGGCUAAGUCAAUAUGAAGCCAACAGUUAUCCUAUUCACGAUCGGUUGCGUUGUGCUGGGGACGGCCUUCGUGAGUGCUCAGAAUUCCGCCAGCAGUGAUCCAGCUCCGGGUCGGUCGCCCGGUCCGCCCGGAGUGCUGGAGCUUACUGAAUCUGAGCACGGUGAAGCGGUCGAUGUUCCGACGUACAUCUUUACCAAGGAUGAUGAUGAUGACAUUGACAACAACCGGGCGCCACCGUUGAUGUCGAACGACGUUCUGGAUCCGCUGGAUGAGGGGGAAGAGCACGGGGAGGUGGGUAAAGUGGCCGAUCCAGAACGGAUCGUAAGUGAUGUCAGCAGUGAAUCCUCUGGUGUGAGCGACGCACCGGUAAACGUUAAUGGUGGGGAACGAUCAAGUUCUGCUGCCGCGAGAGAAAUCGCGGCCGACAAUCAGCUCCGUGAACCGGGUGAAAACUCGUUGCCAGAACCGUGUUCUCGCAGUGUUGAUGAUUAUUUGAAGCCCAAUGAUAAGAUAGUACGGGUUGACAUCAGUGAAGCGGUGCGAAAGAAUGACGUCGAUAGACUUCAGGUAGAUAUCGUGCACGAUGUGUUUGAUGCGACUAAUGGGAUCGUCUCAGGCGUUGAAUACAGAGUCGAAGUGCGCCGCCCGAAGGAGUCGGAAAUCCGUGACUUCUUCAUCGAAUCGCUCGAAAGAGUCCUGGCCGGGGACGGCACACGCGGUGGCCAUCUGCCAGCGGGGCGUUUCUUAGAUAGCAACCAACUUUCGAACUCAUUAGCGCCCCACCUGGGCGGCGAGGGCUCCAACAAAGCCGGCACAGAUUAUCAGCUUCCAUCGAACACGUGGAUCGAAGAUCUGCAAGCGGAAUGGACCAACGGUGGACCCGGCGGUGGGCCAGGUGGGGACGAAAAACAAGCAUGGCGAACGCGAGACGAUUCGAUCCGCUGGAACUCAAUCCGGUCCAACAUCGACAGCUAUUUCGACCAAGAGGACGACCAAUCGAACGAGUUGGAUGGCGCGUUUCUUCCAAACGAGUGCCCCCGCAAUGUGUGGAAGCAGGAUCUGAUGUUUGACGACCGCAUGGCCAUGAAUUGGAGCGUCCCGGUCGAGGAGUGGAAUCUGUACAAUGAUUUAGGUGAUAACGUCGGUAGCAGUAGUAGCGCUAGCGGUAACAUCGACUAUAGUUUAGAUGGCAACGUCCAACGCAACAGAACUGUCUAUUUUAGGAUAUUAUAUCGUACAAUGACCAGCCAUAUUGUUCACGAACUGAUUUACACAAUGGUGCUUUUGAAAGAAUGCAAUUUACUACUUAAGGAAACCUCGGGCUCGCUGGACUCUGGCAAGCUGCCCCAGGAGUACGACAACUGUAGAGUAGCUUUCUCCACGCAACUGGAGGACGCGGCUGACGAUCAACUGCAGAACCAGCAACAGCAACGACUACCACCGGGACUGGUGGUGCAACUGACAAGGCUCAACAUCCCCUGCCGAUCGGACGGCGGCUAUCUCGAGUUUAUCGACCCCAUCUCUAGCGGUAGUGUAGAUGGGGCGCGAGCAGCUAGCGAUCGCCUGGUGAACGGUGCCAGUAGUGGGGGACUUGAAACCUUCGGGCGGGACACCGAGGGGAAAUUUCUGUGUGGCAAGCUGGAAGAGCUUCCGAAACACGAACGGACGUUCCACUUCCAGAGGCACCACAACACAAGUGUGAUAGUGCAUAACCGACCGGUUUUUAGUUUUAACUUUAGGCUAGUGGACUACUGUUACAAUGUAACGCUGACAGCUAGCAAUAGUUCGAUGCUGUUGAGACCGCUGCGAGGUCUCGACUGCCGCUUCAGGAUACACCUCCCUUUCGGGAACAGAGUUUCGCUCCGACUCGUCGCCAAUGGAGCAUUGGAAAGCUCUAAUACAUCCGCGAUCGUUCAGGAACAAAUAGAUCUGAGUGUGGCGCAACAUGACGACGCUCAUUGCUACAACGGGGUCCGUGUAGAAGUGUACGAAACAUCGCAGAAUCGGUGGGUUCGAUGUGUGACCAGUGAAAGUGCGGCUACCGUUCACACGCUGCUUUCUAGUGAGAAUAGUUUAGUGAUUCAUGUAAACAAAUAUACGCUGCUAACAGCUCUGGCAGCUGAAGAGGCAACAAAUAAUAGUGAUCUCAGUGGUAAUAGUAGACUAGUGCCAUCGCUACUCAUCGAAUACGACACACAACCGAUCGAGAAUGUCAUCUCACAAUGUGCCUUCGGAUGGAUCGCGAGCGGUCAAUUCUGCAUCGCUCCGUUCGAAAAUCAAAGACUCAGCUGGACACUGGCGGAGCGGGAGUGCAACCGACAGGGAGGCAAUCUAGCCUCGGUUCGUUCGGUUGCCGAUCAGAAGCUGAUCGAUCAAGUGUUGCUUAAGAGUCCAGGAUACAGGGACGAUAACGCCUACUGGGUAGGAGCGUCUGACAGGGUUCUCGAGGGGGACUACCGGUGGAGCGACAAUCUGCCGUUUACAUAUUCCAAUUGGUUUCCUGGAUGGAUACAGCAAGGUAACUACAACCGGCAGCCCAAUGAUGACGGCUUGAGCGGGCAGGACUGUGUGGAAAUCCGUCGCCAGUUUCAGACACCUCCUGGGACGUCUGCAACAAUGAGUCCUCUGGCGCCUUCAUACAUGUGGAAUGAUCGCGAUUGUGAAUCGCGUAACUUUUUUCUCUGCGAGCGAGUUGGCGUUGAAGAUGCGUUAGAGAAAACCUGGCACGAUGAAUGCAACAAAACAAUCACUCUCACGAUGGAUCGCCCGAAAGCUACCAUCUGGAGUCCGGGUUUUCCUAGGCCUUAUCCGGAUAACGUAAACUGCCUGACCAUGAUCACUGCCCCUCCCGGAUAUCGGAUAGUGCUGGACUUCGAGGAGCUCGUGCUAGAAAAUGAACCACUGUGUACUUACGACUAUCUGCAAAUUAUAGAACCACCGGUCAACAUCUCAUCCCAUUCGAAAUCAUCCCGUCUGUACAAAGAGCAACCUUUGUUUCAAGCACGCAAUCCCCGGCACAGCACCAACAGGAACAUUGCUGCCCGGUGGAAGAAGUCCUACAGCGCUCCCUCAAAGGUCGACAUUGGCGAGCGGAUAGUGGCUACCUUCGCCAGUAAAUCCCCAAAUCUGAUCCUCCAACCAGAAGAUCCCAGCUACGAUCUGCGGAUUCCACCGCCGGAGGUGAGCUCUGGUCGCAUCCCCAGAAAAGUCUGCGGUGAUUGGAGCUCCAAGCUGAAGUUGCUGCGUCAUGUUACGGCAGGACCACUGUUGGCGUUACGCUUCGUCUCCGACUACUCCAACCACUACGGGGGAUACAAAGCGAAGGUCGCCAUGGAAAACGGAAGACAAUGGCCGCGUGUGAUAUCGGAAUGCUACGACGAACGCUUUAAGGCCUACAACACAUCCUGUUACUUAUUCAUCUCCUACCCGGAAGUGGACUGGAUGACAGCCCAACAAGUCUGCCGAGGGAUCGGAUCGCAGCUGGCAUCGAUUUCGACCACCGAUGAGCAGAGAUUUAUCACAACAAACAUAAGAAACAAUCUGGACUAUACCCCUCGAGCUUUGUAUUGGCUUGGUGGCGAAUUGUCCGAAACUGCUCAUUUCGAGUGGUCGGAUGGAGCGAAACUAUCAUUUGAGGGAUGGCUCCCUGGUCAGCGUCCCGAGUCUCCUCGCACAGCAAAAACUCCUUUAUGCUUGGGUCUACAGUGGAAAAUUUCACCGACGCCAAUGAUAUCCUCGGGUCUCCAUUGGACGGCCCAGAAAUGCUCCACUGUUGGUGGUUACGUGUGCAAGAAACCAAAACCAACGGCGGAAGAAAACAUAGCCAAGAACCAGACCGUUAGUGGAACCGAGGGCCGAUUGCUUUCGCCGAACUACCCGAAUCCCUAUCCAGUGCAAACCGAUUACUGGAUUAGAUUGGUAGCUCCGACGAAUAGUCGGAUAAUAAUUCAGUUUCAGAAAUUGGAUAUCGAAUACCAAGACGAAUGUCUGUAUGACUAUGUGAGCAUCCAGAACUUUCAGAUUGACUCGAAUCUUCCGCUGAACCCGGGAACCAAUCCACUUCCAUUGGCGAUGUUUAGAGAGAAUCAACCUGAAAGUCUCUCCUCUGCGGAUUACGUGAACGAUCAACCUUUCCGCAACUUACUCAACGGCGAGUAUUACAACGACCAGAAAAUUGUACCUCCAAAGAGGGAGAGAAUGUAUCGGAAAAGAUCGCUUCUCUCGAACGACGACAUCCAGCAGAAGCUGCAGGAUAACAUCAAACUGCUGGAGAAGACCAACUCCAAGCUGAAAGACCGCAAGAAACGGUUUCUCAGCUCGGAUAAUUACAAAACGGUGAAGAACAGUUCGCAGAGUAUCACAUUAGAAUCGAAUACAAUAGAACCGUAUAACGAUGACACGGAUCCUUCCUUUCAACCGUAUGUACGGUGGUGUGGAACACAUGAAGCUAACAUGAGUCGGUUCAACUUCAUCUCUAGUGCAAAUGAAGCAUUUCUUCGGUUCCAUUCUGAUUUCUCAAUAUCCGGGAGUGGAUUCUCGGCUACUUGGAGCACUGUGGACAUCUCCGGCUGCCCUGUUCAAACAAUAACAUCUCGCGAGGGUUUCAUCAGCAGUCCCAAUUAUCCACACUUUCUCCUGAACAACCUGGACUGCACCUUCAUCAUUCAGGCCCCGUUCGGGAAGAAGGUUUGGCUGGAGUUCACUUUUUUCGAUAUUCUGACGGAUGCUGUCGUCAAUGUGGACAUCUCCGAAGGCCCGUUCGAGCCGUUCCGGGAGAAGAACCUCAUCAACGACGGCGUAUUUCUGAGCAAGGGCGAGCGGCUGGUCGUUCGACUGAAGACGGGCAAACUGCCCCGAGGGAAGGGCUUCCAUGCCACCUUCAAAACGCUGAGUGCGGCAAUCGAACAAAAGUCCAUAAAUCUCACGAACAAAACGAACGGCAAUUUAUUCUACCUUAACUACCCGCAAACGAUACCAUACGAAAUAGAUUUCACCCAACACCUGAUAGCGCCGCUCGGGGAGGUGAUAAUGCUGGAGCUGCACGGGGUGGGAUUCAGCGAACGCGGCUGCCACGAGAGCGGAUUUAUUGAGAUCUACGAUAACUACGCUGACAAGAAUGGAACGCUCUGGCAUCUGUGCAAGCUGAAUCAUGCGAAUGAAUCAAGUCCGACCGCUUACUCGGCUGAGUACAAACUAAUCGAGAACAAUCUGGCCAAACCCGCUCCGAUCUAUAUCACCUCCUAUCUCAACACGCUGCACAUCCGCCAGCGGAACGUUCAGGGCGGAGGAGUUCAUCUGAACGCGACCAUUCGUUUGCAGACGGACAUAAGCUACAAAAUGAAACUUAUUUCCAGCGACGAAGAAUGGGUCGAGAGUUGCAAGCCAAAUCCUUGCCAGUCCGGGGGUAAGUGUAUUAUGCAGAAAAAUCGAGGAAUAUGCCAAUGCCGGGGUCACUUCACGGGACGGUUCUGUGGGUUGAACAUGUGUGAGCUAGAGCCGUGCUAUUUCGGGAAAUGCGAACUGACACAAUCGAGCUUCAAGUGCCACUGUCAGCCUGGAUAUAUGGGCCAACGGUGCGAUGAGAAGCCCAAACCCUGUGAGGAUAACCCGUGCGAGGGUCGGGGAGAAUGCCAUCCGAAAAAUGGGGGGUUCUUCUGUCGGUGUCACGCCUGGUGGGAAGGACCCCGAUGUGAGCGGCGAAUGAUGCACAUUCCCUAUAAACCCCUGUCGGAACGGAUGCUGCAAGAACCCUUUUGGUUGGGUUUAAUUACGGUGUUCGUAGUCCUGGCGGUUAUUGGAUUGGUGUGGUGUGCGAAGCGCCACUUUCCGGAGAAGAUCGAGAAACUACUAGCCGAUGAAGCACACAGGAAUAGGACAAACAUCCCACCACAUCAUUUGAACACGGCCCUCCGUGAGCAGUUGCAGGCAACGGCCGGAACCGUUUCAUCGUCCACGGCAACGACGCCCGCCCAGCAUCGGACCAUCUUCGGACGCCUGGGUAUUAGAAAACCAUCCAUAUUGAGCCUCAGCAGCCCUCAACAAGUUGGAGGGGCCACCGCUAGAACAUUUUCAUUAGAUGAUCUAUUACGGCCCCCUCCACGACGAACUCCGUCACCACGCAAAAAACGCAACAACUCGACACCGACCAAGAAGAAUGUCAACGAGAAGAAACAGAUACUGCAACAGCUAGUGUCGCCGGCGCCGAACGCCACCACAAAGCAAGUCAGCCUCGGCGAGCUAAUCCAGCUGUCCGAAAACCGGCUCAAGGUGAACCACGCUGAGUCGGAAUCGGACCUCAAGGAAACGAGCUUUUCCGAACACUCGCUAUCCGUUUCAUCGAUGGUUCGUCAAAUAUCCGACCCGAAGCUGGAGAAGAAGGUAACAUUCGCGCGACUCCUGAGCAAGGUGUCCGCUGAAAUUAGCAGCGGCUCCGAAGAUUACGCAAAUGGAACAAAACAUUCUAGCGCUUUAAGUCUUCCGACUGAAGUACCGCAACGCGCAAAUUCUGUACCGCCAUCGCCUAGCACAAACGAAAUUCGUUCGCCACAUAGCACUUCUUCCAAUCAGGGAAGUGAUUCGCUGUCUAGCUCCGAGCUUGCUUUGCAUGAUUUCGGUUUGCGGGCCCAGCGAAGGGCACGUCCGAAGGUAUCCAGCGCCGACUCGAUAUUGGCCAUGUUCAAGAACUUUGCUACAUCGAGCGCCGGAAUAAAUCUGCCAUCGUCAAUCAUUAUCUCGCCAUCGUCAACACCAACGGCGUCCAGUCCGCAGGACGAUCUGGCCGGUGAUGACGACUCGUCGACCUCGUCCAUCCAUACCCCGGUCAGCUUCUCUAGCGGUGCACCCGACUCACCCGUGUUCUACCGACAAAGUACAAUCGAAGUACCUGUUCUCGAUGCACUUAGCGCUCACAAAACAACACCCACGACUACAGCCACACAGCAGCAUCCACCAACCAUCCUGCUAGAGAUACCCAGCAAUGGAAUCAACAACAAGUGCCUAUCUCCGAUCAGAGAAAUGCCGACACCUAUCCCAUCACCAGCAUUGACACCCAUCAUGCCGCGACCUCAGCGAAUGCGGUCUCCUCAGAGUCUGCACGAUGAGUCGAUGUCCGUCACAUUCAGUGGCAAUUACUCCGGGUACAACAACACGAAGCCCAAUCAAGUUACAAUUGAAAUUAAUCAUCCCGAAUCCGACACCGAUUCCCCUACCCCAAUGAACCUAUCCUCGCAGAGUGAUUCCACCAGUUCCAAUGGAUCGAGCAGAAGUCGCAAAGUACCCCCACCAAAGAUAUCAAUCUCAAUCGACGUACAACCUCCCACUCCCGAACGGGAGAGACCAGAGCGGCCUCGUGACUUAGUGAUCCCUGAAUUGAUCAUUCAGCAGCCUAGUCCCACAAAGGAACGCUCAGCGGUUGUGAUGUUUCCCGGUUCGCCUCCACCCCAGCGCGCCAGCAUCGGCGAAACAAGCUUUCUCUUCCCGAGUAAACAACAGCAGAAAAGAUUGCUGAAAACGUGGGAAAAACCAGGGUCCCUUGAUCUUCCGUUCGAGCCGCCAAUGAUAACGAUCACCUCGAACAUGAGUGAGGUCGAAUCCGACGCGGACUGUAUGUCGCCGGCCGCAACAGGUAAACCGAACGGUGGCAACACGCUUGGCGUGUCCGGUAGCUCCGUAGGCAUGUGCUAUCUCAGUCCAUUUUCGAUGUGUAUCCGUGGCGAUCGUGCGCCGUCCGAAAGUAAUCUUAGCUCGUCCGGUUAUUCUAGUAUGGCUAGUCCUGGUCCCAGUAGGUGCGGGUCUAGCAAUCCGCUCUGUCCAAGCGAGAUGGAAGAUCCGGGUACAGGUCCUCCGGGAACUGGUUUUCCUGGUCUCAACACCAUGCUGGGCACAAACAGUCGUCGACAAGCAUCGAUUCUCAAAAAGCACAACGAAUCCAGCGGCACUGGAACUACCACCAGUGGCACCAACGACAGGCACGAGUCCUUCAGGCUGAGAUCGGACUCGGAGACGCUAUCCGAUGAUCCUCUGCUGGAAUCCAACGACGAAGGUAUCGGGACGGAUCAUCUGGACGAGAAAAUCGAAGACGGAGAGAUAAGGAGUGCCAAAGAGCUGGAGAACUACAUCGGCAAAGAUUUGAUCGACAGCGGCCGGAAUAUCUUGAACCAGGAAGCGAGCUCGAUGUCACAGCUGCAGCUGCCAUCGAUCGUCAUCCAGUCCGAGAGUGGGUUCGACAAGCUCUCGCCCGUCUCGUCGCGAUCCGAGAGCCCCCUGAGUGAUCGAACCGCAAGCAUGGAACGAUUCUCCACGCAAUUUUACGGCAAGAAAGAUCAGCAGCUGCCAUUUACCGACUCGGACGGUCUGUACGACUUCCCCUCGUCCGAUGGUAAGGGCAGCUCAACGAUACAUCACCGGAAGAGCACCGGUCGGAGAAGAGAGCGCCGCAGCUCGCGCUCCGGAGCUACGCUUUCACCCUCUAAAUCAACCUCAGUGCUGCUGGAAAUACCGAGCAAAGACAAUGCAGCCCCAACGUGCAACUCACACGCCGCUUCCAAGUUCUCGUGUACCACACCUACGCGUAAAAGUCCCAAGCGGCGUCCACUGCACAGGCCACCCAUUGCGAGCAGCUCGUCAUCAACCGAGUCUUUGACAUCGACCCGGGAGUACGCGCAAAGAUCAAGCAAAGCAUUCGUGACCCUCACGAAGGAGACCCACUUGUGCGACUCCGGAGAUGACACCGGUGAGCCCCAAGCCAUUACUUCAUCAUCCAACUCAUCCCAGCAACCCGAGGCACUGCCCAGGUUUGCCUGCGCCGACUCUGACCUCUUCCGGCGCUUGCUCAGUUACAAACUGAACAAACUGUCCAGAGCGUCUACGGUUUCCCCGCCGCAGCAGUCAUCUAGCAAACACUCGACGGCCUUCGACCGCUAUUCCUAUACUAAAGUUAGCCAAAUCGACGACAAAGAUGAAGAUUUUGAUGAUAUCCUAGACGACGAUGAAUACCUCGAAAAGGAUGUGUCUAGUCAAAUACUGCCCAAGGUAACGGUGGAAGACAUCAGCAGGCCCCACAGUAAGAUUGGACGGCUCAGAGCGAUCGGGAAUCAGAUACGAUUCCUUCGUCGACUUGAGCGAGCGAUACGCCAGAAGGACCGUCUGAUAGCCGUCUCGGACGAAGACGCCUCAUCCUCACGAGAUUCACCGAAGGCAACCUCGCCGCUGCUGAAAAAGCAAGACAGCUCUCCGCUGGCCCGCGGACACCAACGAAAGGAAAUCGUCAUUGUGGAAUCACACAAUGAGAGGACGCCACUGCAGACACAAUCGCAGAACAGCACCGGCCUGCAAGCCCAUCACUACCACCAGCCUAAGCAGCAGCAGCAGCUACUGAUGCCAUCGAGUACUGCCGGGAUCAAAUCCCGUCAGAACUUCAAGAUGUCCCGCCAGAAGCGGGUGGCCAACAGCCGCGUGGGUUACAACGAACAGCCCUGGCAGGAGCGCGAGCAAAAAUUGCUCGGCAGUGGCGAUGUAAAUAGUGACUAAGUGUAAAUACUAGCUUAAACUCGAAUAGUGGAAAAUGUGACAUUUUACGUUUAGUAACCACCCUCUUCCAGCGAAAAUCAUAAAAAGGUCCCACACAGUAGGAAACUAAAGAAAAAAAUAUGUCGUGUUAUUUAGGUUCGUUUGUCGUAACUCAAUGCACAAAACAACAUGAACGCAAUCGUUACAAGCGGAUGGCUACCUUCUCAGUGUGAUUUGUGUCCACAGGCACUGUUACCGUUUAAAUGCUAAGCUAUUCUAGCCUACACUUUUCGAAAGAUUGUACGAACGAUGUGAAUAAUGUAAAAUGUAACUAAUCAAAAACCGUAACCAGAGAAAAAAAAACUAAAAAGCAAGAAAAUUCUACAGCAAUACAUAGGACACCUUUUUCUAAAUAAAAAAAAAACAACAAACUCAAGCAAGAGGUAUAAAACUGUUAAACAUAAUACUAAACUAAAGCUGUGUGUUUUUGUAUUCCUUUUUACACAAGAAACAAAACUCACGUUUUAAUCUAAGAAGCGAAUAGCAGAUUUUUUAUUGAACAUAGAAAAAAUUACAAGUCCUCACCUGGCUUGCAACCUUUGAAUGUGUUCAGUUUAUUUACGAAUUGAUCUAUUGACGCGAGCUGUCUAAUUUCACACUGUAAAAAUAUCUAGAGAACGAAACACGUGUAUAUACACCACUGCGAGAUGUCGGUAUGACAUCGAGAAGCGCAUUGUUUGUGGCCGGCCCUUUCUGUAAAAAUAAAAUCGCGCACGAAAAACACAACCAUGUACAUACAAAAGUGCAAAACGCAGGUACAAGUCAUUGCAGAAAUUGAUGCUAAAAGAAAGGACUUCUUAUUAUUUCUACAGUUUCCGAAGGAAUCGCCUAGAACGAACGUUUAACUCAUACACUCAUCCAGAGCGAAGAAGAUGCCUUCGGGAGAGCGAACAAUAGAAUCGCUGGAAGGAUAUCUAGACAUCAACAACAACCAUAAAAAACGAGGCAAACGUGUAGAUUGGUAGGUCACCUGAAUUGAGACUGAUUUUUUAGAACACGAAAUCGAAAAUAAGCUUGUUGCACAGCUGAUAAACGUGACAAGUGACAGAAGACACGACAAUUGAACCGGGUAGCAUUCCAACAGAAGUAGCCGCGGAUGAACCUUGUGAAGUUACAGCAGGAUACAGUAGCCGGAACGAAAAAAAAAGAGAAAGAGAAUACGUACACAUAGAUGAAACAUAACCAUAGGAAUAGCUGCAAUUGUGAUGCACUGGUGGCGGAAUUGGAGAUUCUUCUUUUUGCGGUUGUAUUAAGAUUUAACCUUGGCCUCGAUUGUGUUCUCAAUUGUUAUUUAUUUUGCUCAAAUUUAAGUUGGUUCAACUAUCAUGGUUUACGUACGUGUACCAUGUCUAAAGUGACCAGAUGGUCAAAGGUCUAACGCGGGACACAAAAAACAAAACGUUAUGUAUAUACGUUAUGUGAACAUUAACCAUAGUUUAGCGAGUCUAAACUGAUCAGUAUUAUUUCUUUCUGAGUAUCGUCAUUCAGUUGUGAUUUUUCGGUGGUUUAGAUUUUGUUUACGCCUGAAAAUCACUUUCAAUUCAUUUUUCAUCCAAUUUAGUGUUAACGUAUGCAUUAAGAAAAGGACUAUUUUCGGAUGGCCAUGAAAAAAAACUACAAAAAAUAAUUUAAUGGAACAAAUUUUCCUUAAAUAUUACGUUUAUGAGGCGUACAACAAAAAUUAUUCAAGGCUGUUGAUAAGCAGCAACAGCACUGUCAAGCAACUUCAUGAUUUUUUCAUACUAUACUAUACAUACUAUACAGCACAGGAGUUGGACAUCCUGAUACACUUUGUGUCCACCAGACAUAGCCGAUCUGGUAUUUACAACAUCCUCUCCCUGGCGUUCCUUAACCCUCUACAGACAAGACUCGCGGAUUCUCUUUUCAAAUUAUUCAGACAAUAUUUACAAUAGUCACCCCCACUAGAACGUCUUUAGAAUAUUUUCAUCUAUCACACAUACACAUUGUUUUUAUGCUGGCAGUUUUCUGCUAGGAGUAUUUUAUGUCGAAAGACGGAAAUUGGAGAUAAAUGUUGAGUAGUUUUUUUAGAUAAAUAAAAAACUUGGGCGGUAGAGGGUUAAGCCGGGAGAUAGAAACAACCGGCCAAACGGUGAAGGAGAAUCUGGCCAAAAUGGACAUUUUUAUGCGGAAGCGUCAGACGAGACCGGCAGUAUCUGAGCAGCAGGCAAUCACCCAGAAGGAGUAGCUGCAGGUGCUGGUGAAAAACUUCUUUCCGGCGAAAGAAGUGAAAAACCUCUUUUCGUGCUCAUAAUGGAAGACGAGACGUGCUUGAUGUUAGAAUUCAACAAAUGGCCGGGAACCGAGUACUUUACGUUCCCAAGGUAAGCGAUGACGUCGAAUAUAUCAUCCACAUCAAGUUCUCGAAGAAGGUCCUUCUCUGACAGACGAGAAGGGGAUGUCCAAGCCGCUCUUCUUUCGAGUCAUAUGGUGAACGGGGAACGAGUACGAAGUGCUUGCCGAAACUAGCGAAAGUGAUGUGGUCUUUAUGCCGAAACGGGGAUCAGCCCAUUAUGCCAAAAGAUCACUGGAGAAUAGAUAAUGGAUCGACUGGAGAUAAACAUUGUCGCGUAGACCGCCAACCUUCCCAACAUACCCCAGCUGCGGCCUAUAGAAAACUUUUAAGCGAAUGGCGAAAAUGGAGAGAUAGCUGACUACCAAAGCCACGGAAAGGUAAAAAAACAUGUCGACAUACAUCUUUUCAUCAGUCAUGAUUGAGGUUCCGGCCAACAUUUGCUUCAUUUGCGAUACUUCAUCAAACAACCCUGCCUCUUCCUGUCCAGCAUACACUAGUUCAUCCGGCUUAUUUAACACGUUAAGCCCUGACCGAGCUAGAGGACCAAAGAUGAACUUUUCGUUUGACUCACGUUGGUCUCUGCGGAUCAAUAGGGGACUUUUAUAAAAAUGAUUAUAAAUCUUUAUGAAAAUCUUAAAAAUAAAUCUUUAUAAAAAUCAAUUUUCCGAUUUUGUAGCUGUCGUUCCCUGUUGACACUAUUUAAACAAAAUGUCCACUGUCGGUGCGAUGAAACCAGUUCAACGUAUUAAUCGUUGAAUGAAUUGGAAGCGCUCUUGAACAGUCUGACGAAUAAAAGUUUUAUUGGAUGAACCUCAACAUCCAUUUUAGAAAAUCAACAUGAUCAAAUUGUAAUACUGAAAUAUAUUGAUAUCACGGGACAUUUUCAUUCCUUUUGCCAAAUGCGGGACGUUUCGCGGGACGUAAUCCUACGCGGGACAUUUUGUUGAAAUGCGGGACUGUCCCGCGUAACGCGGGAUGUCUGGUCAGUUUAACCAUGUCUCUAUGAGUGGAAAUACGUCAACUCUGUCGAUUGAGAAAGCACACAGGCAACACCGAUCAGGUGUGGAGCUUCCACGCUAACCAUUGGCGCCGUUGAUUUUCACCAUUAUAAUCCCUGGUUACAUAAAAAAAAUAGAAGAGAUUCCCACCGAAGAGCGCAGCUUUCACCACAGGAAAAUACGUUCUCCACAUCCGCCUUGAAGUGCGCUGCUCUUCGACGCCGCUUUUAACCCGGAAACAAUGUCAUACCACUUCGUACAGCCGACAAAGAGGUAUUAACGCUGAAAAACCUUGAACUCCAAACGUAACGGUCUCGUUUUCGAAAUUUGAAACUUACCUCCCAGUACGGAAAUAAAAGACGUAGUCCUACGUCAAAACAUCGAAACAUUGAAAUUCCAAACUCUGUACGAAAUCUGCUCCCAAUGGACGAAUUUACGUUAGAAUUGGAACCAGAUGGCGCAGCGAGUAAAAUGAUGAUGUUUUGUUUUUUUGAUAUGAAAUUGGUUGAUUUGUUUUGAAAAAUCAGUAACUUUCUGCAAAUUUCCCGGAUUCAAGUAUUCUUUCUACGUUGAAAAGGUUACAUAUGACAUAUGACGAAUGAUUCGGUACAAGUGUUAUAAUUGAGGGGCUUAGAAUGAGAGGGGUGUAAGUGAUUUGAUCGAUUUAUCUACAUCGACUCUCUCUUUUGGUCAUAACUUCGCUGCAAAAACAUUCCCAGCUGUAUUUGACAAUGUGGAAGAUAGGUCAGAACCUCAUCUGUCGGAUUCUAUAUCAAACUUAAUUUGGAACGUUUUUGCAGUCGAGUUAUUAACUAAAUAAAAAGUUGAUGAAGAGAAAUCGAUCAAGUCACUUACACCCCUUGCAUUCUAAGCCCCUCAGUUUAGAUUUUCUCACUAGGCAAAUGAUGGGUGGCAUUUGUUGCGCUUCAAAAUUUGCAGAUCCUUCUCGUAUCGGCCGAAAGAAAGCCCCGGCAUAAUCAAUGAUAUCAAUCAACUUGAAAUGAUGUCGAUUGCAUCGUCAUUAUUCACAGUUUGAGCUUCUGAAAAAUGUCCGGAAGUUAGUGCUCAUAACCUAUAUUCACUAUCAAACAUAAAAAUUUCGAAGAUUAUCUAUGACUUUGGUCCAAUCGGGUGUUAAGACCAUUGUAAAUAGACAAAAAUAGAAUUUUCUUACCAAUUACUGAUGACAUGUAAUGUCUAAAAUGAUUUUAAAUAGAAAUUAAUGAAAAUAAUGACGACCGAAUCGCUCUUUCAAGUCCGCAAAAUAAACAAACAUCAUCACUUUUGUAGUUCUGAGCCCUAAUGUAGGUAUCGCAUGAGCUCCUUCAGCUUUGCGUAAAUUCGUCAAUUAGCUCAGUUUCUUCUGGGGAAAUUGGUUCUUAAUUCUGACUCCUCGAAAGUAUAGUAGAGAAAUUCUCAUUAGCUAAUUCAAAUUUAAAUUGCGAAUGCGAAUUUUUUGAUUAUUGGGAUAAGCAGAACCUGUUGUACAAUUAUGAAAAAAUAUAAUUAUCAAAAUUAAUAAUAAGUAAUGCUCGAAAAUUGACAUGAAGACAACAAUAACGUAUACAGGAAUACCUAUCUUCGUGCUGUUUUUUUGUGCUAUCUUUUUUUCUACAAUUUUCUGUUCUGGUGCAGAGUUUUUUUUUUGGCAAUUUUUUUUUUGUGUGGUAUAUGAAAAGAAGCAUAUUUGACGAAGUUAUCGUCCAUUUAGUUUUUUUCGAUGGUCUAUAUGUAUUUCAUCGCAAAGCAGGGAAACAAACGUAAUUCGAACGGUGAACGGCGUGGAUUUGAGUUAUUUUCUUGGGGGAAACUUUUUCUAUGCGAUCCCCAUCUACCGCACACCGGUUUUUUUUUUUCAAAUUGUUUUCACGACUUCUUAAAGCUACUGGUGAAGUUGUGCAUGAUUUUUUAUGCGAUUUUUUUGUGCGGUCCCUAUCCCCCGCACAAAAAAAGGUUUUCCUGUACAUUUAAGAAAUGGACAAAUUUUGGAUGCCGUUAAAAAAACCUACAAAAUAUAAUUCGAUGAACCAAAAUUUCCUUUAUUGAGCCUUCUACAAAAAUGCACCGGCGCCCUUAUCAGUUGAUUCAUAACAGUCUUGGCGAAAACUGUGAAACAACUACGUUCGAUACUUCGUUCAUACUGCCAAUUUCUCCCCAGAGCGCGAAGAAGUUGGACAUACUAAGGCACUGCUUGUCCGGUGGAUAAAGCCGACCCGGCAUUUAAAACAUCCUCUCUCUCUCCAGGAGAAUGGCGAGAGCGUCGAAAGGAAGCCUGGUUCUGAUGGUCCGACAAUGCUGAGCAACCGUAAAGUGUAGCAGCAGCUAGAGAUGUAUACCGAGAUCAUGGUAGCCUCAUCGUCCCGCGCCUUGGAAUUGAGGUCGGAGCAAUCGGUCAAACUCAGGGGUACGACUAAAACGUCAAAUCCCUCAUAUUGCCAGUGUACCCAAUAUUGCUGCGGUUUACUGACAUUUUGGUUCAAUGAAUUACUGUUGUGUACAACUCGGUGCGGUUAUAUAGUCGAAUAGUGGCUAACUUUAAACUCCAUGUUAAAUGUGAACACCUCCAUGUGAAACCGGAAUAUGAAAAUCGCUCAUGCAGUUAGAAUAAAGCAGCGCAUUUUUCGAUUUCAAUCCUCGUAAAUGAUAUGUUGAUAAACAAAUGACGCCAAAUUGAUUUUGAUUUUGGGUAGCCUAUAUUCAAUUGAUGUCUAACCCCUGGUCAAACUAUGAACAAGUACAUUUUUGCGGAAGCGUCAGUCUAGGCCGGCCGUGUCUGAGCCGUAACCAAUCACCCAGAAAAAGCGGCUGGCAACAAAUCACUUGAGAUGGACCGAAAGAUAGACGUGGUACCGAGGUUCGCUGACCUUCCCAAAGGCCCCCAGCUGCAACCGAUAGAAAAUUGCUUGGCGAACUACAAACGAAGGAGCUACUCCAAUAAUUUUGUGGUCAAACAGAAAAGCAACUAAUCGCCAAUGUCACGACAAAUCUGAAGAACAUGCUGACGAACAUCUUCUUAUCGAUCAUGGCUAAGGUUUCUAUCAUCUACCGUAAGGCUACCCUGCAGGGCGUCGAAUAUUUUUUUAAUAAGGAUCAAUCAAUGUAGCAUUCAAGGAAAAUUUCGGUCCAUUGAAUUAUAUUUUGUAGUUGUUUUUAUUUUCAUCGUCAUCCGAAAGUUGUCCUUUUUUUAAUGCAUAGGUUACCUCAAGUCUUUUACUUGUGUUCAUCGGUUGCCUAAGUAAAUACCAUGCUUAGGAUUUAGAUUUAGGAUUCCGUAAUUUGAUCGAGAUCGACUUUUGUACUCUGCAAUUCGUUCGAGAUCCAAACCCAAUCGACAUAUUCGUGAAGCUAUUUACUAUAUCAAUCUAGCAUUCCCGAAGGCAGUUUUAGAUUUUGGAAAUUUGAAUGAAAAUUAUUUCUUGAUAUUAUUUGAAUACUAAGAACACGUCGUUCAAAUCUUUAACCAAUUAUUUUUCAUUAAAUUUCCUAGUAUUACCGCUAAUCAUCUAUAUGAAUAAAAAUGGAAGAACUAAUGUGUUGGUAAGCGGAAAACCCGAGGAAGGAAUGGUCCGAUUUGAACCUUCUUUAUUUUACGGUAUCCGUCUCGUGCGAAAUAACGCACUCCUAUAUUAGCUAGCGUCUAUAAUAUAUACUCUAUAUAAAUAAAAAUGAAAGGCCAAAUGUGUUGGUAAACGCAAAACCCGAGGAAGGAAUGAUCCGAUUUGAGCCGUCUGUAUGUUGUUGCCUUCCCGUAGAUCAAUGUUACGGAGAGAGAAAAAACGAAAAAAAUUCGGGAAUCUCUGAAGGAAGGUCGAAAAAUUCGGAAAAUUUAAUUUCCAUAUGUUCCAUAAUUACAUCCUGGUAAAUAAUGUUAGUCCAUGUGUUUGCUGAAUGGGUGGAUAUGAGUGACAGUUCUUGCUGGAGGAAGUGGUGACAUCCUUGGAACCACUGGAGUCACCUUGUAGGUCCUACACCACGUACACUCUUUCUUAGCCUUCCUGAACGCAGCCCGCAUCUCCGACACAUAGAACUUCUGACUCAUCUCGUUGACCGCUGUUUCCGUGUUGAAGUGUUUGCUUUGGCGAUGAUACCAGUCAACGAGCAGCUGUGUCCCGUAAUGACCUUUGGCAAGAAUUAUGAAAUCUGCGGACAGUUGCUGUGCAUUGGUGAUACGCAUACGCAAAACCCCUUGGUCGUCCAACACAGGGGAUAGUUUAACAAUUUUACUGGUCUUCUCGAGCUUUAGCCACUGGAAGAUGUUGGUUUCUAUUAAGGAUCACAACUUCAUCCCCGUAUGCUUCGUACUGAAUCAGGCUGAAGAUAGUCCAUUCCGCUUUCUGCAACUCGUCCCGGUUCAACUACCCAGAUCAUUCCGUUGAGUAAUGCUCCAUUUUACGGCGACAGUUGUCUAUAAACCUGUUCACAUACGCUAUCGUACACACUAAUCGUUAUCACUUCGAAUAUCUUUCAAAAUAUAUCUGUUGCUGCCUGAUGUGAUGAUAAAUAAUGAAGGUAUAUUGCACGAAGCUCCUCCGUUAUUUCAACCAAGACGGGUCUAUGGUACUAGGUGAGGCCGUUUCGUCACUAAGUUGGUUAGGGGAGCGGAAUAUGAAAACAGAACGGAGGAAAGCAGAAGGGGAAUUAUUUGCUUGUAGCGUGAAAGAGACAGACUGAUCACGAGCGAGCUUCGGCACUAGCGUAUUGUGUUUUGUUUACAAACAAAACACAGUAGACUUCAAAUAUGGCUGAAGAGUGGUUUUAGCAGGUUGGCCCACCUUAGGAUAUACUUCUAGGCGCCUUGAUUUCAACCACACAUGGAACUUGCUAUGGUCAGGUGUCUGGCUCUUGAUACAGGAACACUGGUGCUUGAACCCAACGACUGUUCCUACUUAUGUUAGGGCCCUUGCCCCAUUUGGUUGCUUCGUCGGCUACGUUCCAGCGAGAAGGAUCCCACCACCACUCGUCCACCUGUGUGUCAGCUCAAGAAUUUCCGUCACACGAAAUGCAACGUACUGCCGAUAUUUUCGAUGAUCCGACCUUAACCAGGAAAGUACGAUGCUGGAGUCGCUCCAGAACACUCUGCGAACUAUCGGCAGUGUAUGAUUGUCUUCUACCGAUUUUGACAGUUUUGCACCAAGAACAGUCGCCGCCUGCAAUUCUAAUCUGGGAAUUGAGAGCAGUUUUAGGGGAGCCACUUUUGUCUUUGCCAAGACAAGUGAGCAGCGAACUGCAGAGCUAUCCACGAUGCGAAAAUAAGCCAAGACAGCGUACGCUUCCUCACUUGCAUCUACAAAAAUAUUCAACUCCAAGGAACGAUAACUUUUAUCCGAAUAUCAAGGAAAAUAACAGCGGGGGAUUUGGACCUCCUCAAGUUGAUCCAACAGUUUAGUCCAUCGUCUCCAUGCAUCGAGUAAUUCGUCUGGUAUGGAAUGGUCCCAAUCCGUCUUGCACAGAGGUUUUGUACCAAUAUUUUACCGUGAACUACAACUACAGCUACCAAUCCCAAGGGGUCGAAUAUACUCAUGACGACUCUUAGAGUUUGUCUUUUCGUUGGAAUAACAGUGUCGCCAAGCUGUGAUCGAAUCUCUUCUCUGAAUAGGCCUUGGAACACAAAAACUUCGGGUGAAUUGGACAACCAGUUGCGUAUGAUGAAUUCAGUUCUAGAAUGUACUUCUUUCACCUGCUGUGCUAGUUCGACUGCUUCAUUCACGGUGUUUGUGCUGUACAGUGCCGAAAAUAUUCACGUUCACAACAUUCAAAUUCGGCGAAUUCAGCCUGCCUUGUAUUGAUAACCUACUGCUCAAGCGAGAGUCGAUAAAUAUGGAAAACAGUAUCAAUGAACACCAGUGGCAUGAACAACAACAUCAGCUUGCCAUGAAGUUCAUUUUUCAUUUGCAUCUUCAUUUUGGCCAUGAUAUUCGUAACGUCGAAGUUGAAGAUCAUUGCGUGUUAGUUGAAAUCAAAGCAUAAAAUUCAACGUUAAUCCAUUGAGAGUGAAACCGAUAACACAAAAUUCUUGUUUUUUGGCGACUUCGGCAAUAGAAUGUAUAGUAUAACUCUUGCUAUGUUUUAUGAAUAUAUUUGACUUGAAAGUCACUAUAAUACAGUAUAAAAAAGGAACGGAACGCUCAACGCUGUUCAACGCUAAACCUCACUCAGCCGCUCAACACCGCACAACGGUCAACGCUCAACGAAAACUAAUGUUGCCUUUUCCGGAUUCCUGGUUCUUUCUUUUUUUCUAAAUAUGAAAAUCAAACACGAUUUUAAUAAAAAAAAAUCACUGCAAGCGAUGAAGAUCAACUUAACGUUCGUGAUAAUCACCUGAAAAUAUUGACAGUAAUAAAAGUGCCUGAAUGCAGGCUUUGCGAAAAUCGUUCAUGCUGUUUUCGUUUAAUAUACCAGACAAAGUUCACGCGUCUCGACUCUUGUGUUAUACUCAUUAUAACAGAUAUGGCGUUGAUCGUCAACAGAAGAGAAUUCAUCCGACACUGGGAAAAAUCUAAUUCCAUCAUUCGUGAAUAAAUUUUGAUAAUUUGUGGCACUGGUGCUGUAUACAAAAUCGUCAACAACAUGAUGCUCCACCAUUACUUUUGCUGCCAGUGGAUACUGAUCAGAGAACUCCUGAGCGUUUAGGUUUUCAAAAACUGAGCUACCGACGGCGAACAGGAAGCGCCGAAUAUCGCGACGUCCGUAACGAAGAGCUCAUACGGGUCUUACUGCAGCUGCAUGGUGGAGCCUUGAAUAACAGAUGAAUUAUGCCUACCUGGUGAAGAGAGAAUACCUUGAACGAGCAGACAGGAGAGUAAAGAAGAGGAAACAGGAGAGUGGGUUCGACGGCGACAAUGAGGAAGAUAGGCGUGCGAAUUGACUAGUUAACUGUGAAAUCUUGGUGUAAUAAUAAAUGUUUAAAAACCGGUGAUAUAGUGAAUUCUAUAACGAGUUGGAGAAAUCGUCUUACCACAAGAACAGCUGUGCUGAUUUGUCUUCCGGUCUAAUAAGAAGGCUUAUCUCGAGUAUGUCUGCACCGAAGACCACCUCAAGCUGUCGGAAAGGUCACAACACUGAAGGAAGCGGUAUGAGCAAAUCCGGACCUCCAGCAGAGCGGAGUUCAAUGAUUAGUCUUGAACUUUUGCCGCAGCAUCCCAGACCAAUCGUACCUUAUUCGGUUUUUUUGGGUCCAUGACCACGUUUAAGGGCAGGUACCAGGUUCGUCGAGGGUCAAAGUUACUUAGCUCCUCAGGAUCAGUUUUGUGUGCGUAUCCUUUAGCUUGAUACUGCUGCAUUUGAUGUCUAACAUUUUCGUAUAACUCGGGCUUGGAUGCCAGACGGCGUUCUAGACAUCGCAAGCGCCUUUCGGUCAUGGGCUUACUGUUCGGGAAUCCAAUGCAAUCGUAUUUCCGAAAUAAGCCUUGUAGCUUGUAGCUUUCCAGAAGCUGUGCGAACGGUUGUACUCUCCAGUAUCUCACCCGCACGCUGAUCAUCGUCAGAUUCCACCACGGAUGAUUUGGCCGAGCCGAUAUCUUAAAAAACUCUUUCACUAAAUUGUGUAGGUCCUCAUCCGACGAAUAAGCGCAAAUAUGGAACUGAUGAUGAACUGCCGUUUUGACGUAGGACUACGUCUUUCAUUUCUAUACCGGGGUGUAAAAUCAAAAUUUCGAAAACGAAACGUUUCGCCGGAGACCGAGAUUUUGAGGAUUAAUAGCUCCUAAACAACUGAAGGAAAUGUUAUAAUAAACACUUCAUUCGAAAGAUAAAAUAUCUACGCGUUAUAUACUUGUUACUAUAUGAUCCAAAAACUUGUUUCAAUAGCCUGAAAAUUGCUUUCAAAACAGACUAUUGAAAUCACCAAUCGGUAUACAGGGAAACUUCGAUAUAACGUACCCUCGAUAUAAUGUCACUCGAUAUAACGUACAUUUUACCUCGAUAUAACGUACACAUAUCCAAAGUGUAGAGGAAAAAAAAUCAAUAUUUUUUUCCUGAUAGAAUGAAUUAUCUGUAUUGUGAUGACCAAACAAGUUUUGUACCUUCAAUCAAUCCCGAAAUACAGCUGGUUUUGUGAUUCCGGAUUCUAAAUGAAUCAAGCUUUAAUCAACAGUGAGAAAGGAAGCAUCAUGAGAAAGACUGGCUUCAUCUUCUGAUUGAAGUUAUUCAUUAACAUUACUAAAACAGCAACACAAUAAUGUAUUAUAGACUACGUUUGUGAGUACUUUAUUAUGCUUCGAUAUAACGUACAAUUCGAUACAACGUACAGUUUUGAAAGAGAAAUGUACGUUAUAUCGAAGUUUACCUGUAUAAGCGAGCACCGCUCGGAAAUCCACUCAGUUAUAAUUGAACAGCGAUUGGAGCAUGUUGCCGCUGUUGUGGUGAAGCUUACUUCGUUCAUCAUGAAAGUGCUGAUGAACGGUGUCACCAAAAGCCUGUUUGUGCACUUUAGGCCAGAAGGGAAUGCAUCAGGACGAAAGCGAUGCCACUGAAAAAGCGACCAAGAAAGUACCAGCAUCGAAAAAACGGUUCCGCUUGAGGCAUCGGAGCAGCCGCCGCACAUACACAUACACGCGCGCAACUCUUUUCGUUUGGUUGUUAUCCAGCAUCGAGAAGAAUCUGGUAAGAUGUUAUCGUUGCUGAAAAAUAAUCUGCCAGUUCCCAUUAGAAUUGAAAAUUACAUUCAAGCGAAUGAGUUUAUUUUAAUGUUUUCUGUCCAUAUAAGACUGCAACUAAAUACAUUUGGUUUUGUGAUUUUUCAAACAAGUGCAAUUAGCGGGUAAGCUUCUGAAGAUUGUUCUUCCCCAUCAGUAGAAUAUUUUCGUAUACAAUAUUGCAUAAAACCUUGCGCGUAACGCUCUCGUUUUCGAAGUCUCCCAAAUAUUCAUUUAUUCAUUCAUUCAGAAUGAAGUCAGAUUCAACUUCAAAUAAAAGAUCACUAAAUCAACGAUAGUCCUACGUCAACCUUGCGGUUAUACAACAUAUAUAACACACUUUCUGUUUUUGCUUCUGCGUUCAACGUUCUAUAAAUUUCCAACCCAACCAUAUUUUGGUCGCCAUCGGAUCACCUUUUGAACCUUCCCGAAGCAUCAAGGUUGCCUUUAGGAAUGAGUUGUCCAAACGUUCCAGAAUUGUAGGAGAUGCUGAUUCAUAACUGUGCACGGAUCAACCACGAAGUUGUGGAAACUGUUUACGCAGUGCUGAGUAGUCCAACGAUUAAACUGGAAGAUACAAGUUCUUCACAGUGUGCAUCUUUUUCAGAACGUGCCGCUUCAAACUCCCCAGGAUCGAGAUCUCCAUCUUGUCUAGUUGUGAAUCCCCUUCCAUGCGCUCAAUGUCACUAGUCCAUUGCAGACAGAGGGGAUGGAUAUCGUCCUAGCUUUCGCGCUGUUGCUGAUUCUAACAGUAUGAUCGAUGAGCCGUCAUCAAGGAACGCAUAAGUCCGAAUGGCCCUUCCGUUGCCGUGCAGCGUCACUGGAAUCACCUGGAAAAGAAUCAAAGACUGUAGUUGACGAUGGAGCGUGCUUCUAGUAUUCGGGACAUCGAUCGUCUGCGAUAAUUCUGGUUUUCCGGGAUGGAGGAGUUUGUGGUGUCUGUCGUCGCAUCCGUUCUCACCACACAACCCUACUUUACACGGAAAUUUUCGGUGACCAAGGUGACCAUCGCCGACACAAUCAUCGUUCUUGGACUAGUUUCCAACGGUCACCAAGCGUCAAGUUCCGAAAGGUGGUAAAGUCCUUGAUUUUAUGACCUUCCUUCACAUAGGCUGUACAGGGUUUGGGUUGAUAUUCCUUACGAAUCAAAUUGUUUGAUCCGCUGGCUGCGUAGUAUGUAGAUUUCUCAGUAUUGUGUGCGUUCACGAAUAAUUUUUCUUUUGGUUUUUGUUUAUCCUGCUUACCAGCUCGUUGACCAUCUGUAUCGUGGGUAAAAGUGACAUCGCUUGCUGCAACCACGAUCUCGUCCAUGAACGAACCGAAGGUGGAAAGAUCAACAACAGGACGAGUUCGUUUGAUAAGCGACCAAUUCAGUUCGAUAUUGACUGGUAACUUUUCCACCAGUUCCUGCCUCCUGCUAAUAGACGGGAUCUGCCAUUUGCUGUGAGUUGUGACCGUGAAAUGAAAAUGGUGGGGAAACUGGUACCUCGUGAAUAGAAGUCGAAUUGGCUGCCAUGCAACUAACCAUAGGAGUAACUAUCGAGGACAAGCAAGCGGAGACUGUAUGAACGGAAGAGUUAUUCGCAUUCGAUUGAGGAGUGCUUCUGUGUGGCGGUAUGAAAGCCUGAAGCAGGAAGGGGGGACUACAUGGUUCGGUCGGCGUAGGAGGAGUAUAAUUAAUUAUUGAUUCUAUAUUUCGUAUAUUUAGCGGCGUAGACUCAAAAGUGGGUUGGCUCGCUGCGCAUAUCGAAACAGCUCCAGUAGAUCUAGAUCACGCCUGACUUACCGAUCUGCUUAUGGGAAACUCAUAUAAUGGAAUUCUUUCCGGCAUGGAUAAUGGUACCGGUGGCUGGUUUUGGUGUGCGACUGACUGAUCACUGAUGGUUGAGCGGACUGCUUAGCCGCCAGCUGCAUCCGAAGGCUGUUCUGGAGCUCGAACAGCUGCUUUGUCAAUUCUUCUGUCGUCGACGUUGCGGAAAUAUUGAAGUCCACCACAGUCGGUCGAUUGCAAUGACCGGGAGAGAUUUUAUGCGAACCGGAAGCGUAUCGCUGUUUCGUCGAUCACUUGUACAGUAGACGUCAUGGAGUGGAGAAACGCCCUUUGAAAUAUCCGCAAAAGUGCGUUCCGAACGUUCCUUCAAAGAGCGCUUCUGUUUCUCCCAGCGACUCUUGUAAGUUUCACAAGCUGAGAGCACGUGUGGAGUUCCCCCGCAAUAUGGGCACUUAUGCUCAGUCGCACUGCAGGAUUCCCCCACAUGUUGCUCUCCACAAGUUGCUCAGCGCUAAUCUGAAGUGUGAUCAACUGACUUGCAUUUUUGGCAAGUCAUGGGCUUUGGCACAAAGAGUCGCACCGGCAGUCUCAAUUUGUCCACCAUGACGUAGUAAGGGAGAGCGGAACUAGUAAAACUUACUCGAAACGAGUCGGACGGCGUGAAUUUAGUUUCUCUCCCUUCCUGGGAGACUUUGCCUUGUUGGAGGCAGUCCAAGAUCUUGACUUCCAUCGAGGGGAGCUUCUUGAACUUUCCAAUUCCUUUUUUAAUAAAAUAACACGUCAGACCCGUUUCUGUUAUCACCCCCGCAACUUCUACGUUAUGGCAGGGCACGUAUGCGCGACAUUCUAAAAUGAACUGCUGGUCGACAACAAUGGCGUUAGCUUGCAUCCGAUCUGCCACAACGUUUUUCUUAUGUUAUAUUGAGUCUACACAUUCAUAUGUAAUCCACCAAAAAUUCCUGAUACUCAACGAAAAGAAACUCCUCUUCCGCCAGCGAUUAGCAAUAUGUUAGAAAUAUAUCAAUACAUUAAAAAUUCGCUCAAUACACACAGAAAACCGCACCGAUAGUAGAGUUUAGCCGGAAGCCGGAAAACCUCCGAAUAGGCCCUCCAUAGUUAUCAGUUCUAGUCAGGAUACAAGAGCGUGACCUAAAAAGGGCAACGUCGAUGUUUUGUUUCAAACUCAUGCUUCUUGUUAACAUUAGAUUCCAAUUCCAUCCUAGUUCUACAGUGACAGUGAACCAAGUCUUGCUUACUAGUUAUAUUUGAGAGUGGAAAACCAAUUGUCUGACAUCCACCACACAAACCACUCAACAGCAAUUGCUUGCUAGGUAAACAACUAUUGAAACAUACGGGUCUUUCUAUCUAAGUGUAAAACUUGCAUGAAUGCUUGCCUUUUUUCGACGACGACAAAUCUUUAAUUUUAAGCUGAUCUCAUUCGUCUCUAUAUCUAUAUAUGUCCUAUGAUGAAGACACAAAAAAAGCAAAAAAUGUUCCUGCCUCCAAUUUCAAGCGUGCUUCUCUUUUGAAUGAAUAAAACGAAAAUGUGUAUGCAUGCUGCUUUAUUCUUUACACAAACUUUAAACCAAAGAGAACUCAACUUUUUCGAGCAAGAUGAGACAAAGUUGAUCUACUUCCGUCUGGGAGGACUAAUGUGUCCCCAAGAAAUAAAUCCUACUCACUCUAUGUCCCCUUCACGUGAAGAAACACGGUCGAUUAAUAAUCUGCGAAACCCUUCGCUCCCCAAAAAUGGUGGACCAAACGAUUUAUUACUGACAAGAGAAAAUAAAUGAACAAAACGUUAAGUAUUGCGGAACUAGAGAUUUAAUCGGUCGAAGAUAAGUAAAAAAAAGUACAUUUAUAAUGAGAAAUACACGACUUCUGUGAUAACCAAAUUUAAUUAAAAAAACUUUUUUAUAAAACAAACAAAGAAGACAAAUGUUACUCAUAAUACUAUGGUAAAGUUUAAUGCAAGACAAACCAAUUUAAAUGUGAACAUAUUAACAUUAAGCAAAGUUUUAAGGUUCAAUUAAUUCGAGAGUUUGUGUGUGUUGUUCAUUUUCAUGGAAGCAAAUCAAAAAGAAGUUGUUAAUUCCUGUUUGAGUCUGCAAUUUAAAACAUUAAAUAAUAUUCAUAUACCUACCAUUGAUAAUGAUGAUGUAUACAACUCCCCCCCCCCUCACACACACACAAUGAACUAAUGUCUCCUCCAAAGAGAACAACUCGCGUAUUGAAUUGCACCAUAUAUCACCAAGCUAUCAGGAUGAAGCACCACUGGAAGCUUUCUGUUUUCUUCAACAGCAAUAAAACAUGGAAAAAUUGAUCACAUUUCCACUGACAGAAACGCAAGACACAUACCUUUUUCAACACAACAGACAAUGUCGAACAAUAAUAUCAAAAGACAUGUAACCGUCACUUUCAAACGCAAAACUAAAUCUAUGGACAAUUGGAAAACCGAGAACUAACCAGAUUGCAAAACAAAUAUACCAAUAUGUGCACUUUUCAUUCCAUAUAGUAGAUGUUAGAAAUCACCGAUAAAAACAAGAGAUAAAAAAACAAUCUGUCACGGGGCUAGCAAGCAAAUGAAAAAGAAAAGAGAAGAAAACAAACAAAAAAACAGUUCAUUUUAUCGACAAAUUUGUUAAAAAUGGAAGAACAAAUCCAUAUAAUUUUAAGCAUAACAAGUCUAGAUAUGGCUAAAUGAAUAAACAAAUGUAUUGAAGCAAU